AUCGUAAAAUUUAUAUAUAACUUAUAUAUAAUUCUUUAAAUAUAUGUAUAUAUAUAUAUACAUGCAUAUAACGGAUCAAAUUGGAUAUCCGUUCCUAUAAAUAUUGAUAUUUGUGAUUUGCUUUUUUUUUUACGGAUAUUGCAUUUUAGUAUUUGAUUUGCUUCGUAGAGUAACGGAUAUCAGGAUUUUCGGUUCGAAUCAAAACAGAUAACAAAUCGAAUCAAAAUUUAAGAAUAAUUUGUCCAGCUCUAUUCGUAAACAGUAAAAAAUAACCUAAAGAAAAACCAUGCAUGUGAGUUCGCGAUCAAGCUAACGUACCGCACAUUAUUUUUCAAUCCCCCUAACAACAAUUAUAUACGACUGCCGUAUAAGUAAUUACCUUGAAAUUAGGCUUUAACAAGAACGGAGGUCCAUAACAGCCGAGUUUUAAGCACAUUAUCCUACCGACUUUGAAUUUAAACCGACUAUUUCAUCCCUUUAUAAAUUGUUAUCUGUAUUAUUUUCUUGACAGUGAGAAUAUCGACGUAGACUGACGAUGGUGUUUCUCUCGAUCCCCAAUGGAGCGACUCUAUCGAUCGACGUAAACCCUAACACAACCACCAUCUCAGCCUUCGAACAAAUCGUUCACCAACGUACCAACGUUCCUCAGCCUCUCCUUCGCUACUCGCUCCGUGCUCAAAACCCUAGCCGUGUGUUCCACGACUCCCUCCUAUUAUCAGAUCUUGGUGUUUGUCGUUUCUCUACUGUGAUUAUCCACGUCCCUCUUUUGGGUGGGGACGAGGAAGCGCUUCCGCCGCGGUUCCCCGAGGAACCGGUUAAUAUUUGGAUCACCGUUGCUAGGCUCGAGGAAGCUGAUGGGCACACGGCCAUGGUGUGGAACACUAUUGAGAUGUGUGUAGAGACUCUUCAGAGAGGUGGUGUUGUUAUUGACAGAGAAUAUUGGAUCAAUGCGGCUAGGGCUUGUGAGAGAGGUAGGUAUGUCGUAACGUGCAAGGCAAUCAUCAAGAACUUUAUAGGUAUUGGAGUUGAUGGGGAGGAUAGGAAGAGAACUUGGCUUGCUGAUGCGGAGAUGAGCAAGAAUAGAGGUUUCAUUGAGACGGCAAGAGCUAUAUAUGAACACUCUCUUACUGUCUUCUUGUACAAGAAAAGUGUAUGGCUUAAAGCUGCUCUUCUUGAGAAGAGCCAUGGGAGUAAAGAGUCUCUUGAUGCCUUGUUGAGCAAGGCAGUGACAUAUGUCCCUCAUGCUGAGGUUUUGUGGCUCAUGUGUGCUAAAGAAAAGUUGCUUGCCGGAGACGUAACAUCCGCCCGCUCUAUUCUACAAGAGGCUUGUGGUGUGAUUCCUAGAUCUGAGGAAAUCUGGCUUGCUGCUUUCAAGCUGGAGUAUGAGAACAAGGAGAUGGAGCGGGCGAGGAUGCUUCUUGCAAAAGCAAGGGAAAGAGUAGAGAGUGAGAGGGUGUGGAUGAAGUCAGCCAUUGUUGAGAGAGAGCUUGGCAACGUAGAGGAGGAGAGGGUAUUGCUUGGUGAAGGGUUGAAGCAGUUCCCAACGUUCUCCAAGCUUUGGUUGAUGCUUGUGCAGCUAGAGGAACGGUUUAAUAAUCUGGAGCAUGCCAGGAAAGCUUAUGAAUCUGGUUUGAAGCACUGUCCUAACUGCAUACCACUGUGGCUCUCAUACGCUAAUCUUGAAGAGAGAGUGAAUGAGCUGAACAAAGCUCGUGAGAUUCUCAUCACGGCAAGGAAGAAGAAUCCUCAUGUGGCUGACCUAUGGUUAGCUGCUGUUCGAGUUGAACUGACGCAUGACAACAGAGGAGAGGCAGAGAACUUGAUGUCAAAGGCUCUUCAAGAAUGUCCCAAAAGUGGUAUCCUCUUGGCUGAGGACAUUGGGAUGGCGACACGUCCUCACCGUAAAACAAAGAGUAUGGAUGCUAUGAAGAAGUGUUUUCGUGACCCGCAUGUCACUGCAGCUGUCGCCAAGCUCUUCUGGCAAGACAAGAAGGUGGAGAAAGCUAGAGCGUGGUUAAAACGGGCUGUGACCUUGAACCAAGACAUUGGCGAUCACUGGGCCUUGUAUUACAAAUUUGAACUUCAACAUGGAACUGAAGUGAGGCAGAAGCAGAUCCUUGCCAAAUGUGUAGCUUGUGAGCCGAAGCGUGGUGAGAAGUGGCAAGCUAUCUCUAAAGCCGUGGAGAAUGCACACCAGCCUAUUGAGGCCAUCUUGAAUAAAGUCUUGAUUGCAUUGAGCAAGGAAGAGAAAGCUACUUGAGAGUAACAACUAACAAGUUCUUUUUUUUGCAAGAUUUUUUAGCUCUUAUUUUCUCUUUGCAGGCUCAACUUUUAGCAGUUCAUGUUUUUCUUCAGUAGCAAGAACCCUUCAGUAGUCUUCUUUGUGAGUUUCUGUCUGUUUUUAUUCAGCUAUUAAACUAUUAUUGUUCGUGUAUUGUUGAUUAUUUGUUGUUUCUUUCAUGCCUUAGCCUUCCUUCUGAAGGAGCUUUGUCUUCCUGGUGUCUAAUAUUGGCGUGUAUGUACAACAGUAAAUGUCAUGGAAUCCACUCCAAAGUUUCUUUAGACAGUGUAAGCAACUAAUAACCCCUCACAGAGUUUCUGGACUUGUUUGUUAACGCUAUUGAUAACACUGAUUGGUAUAUAGUAAAUCUCAGGUAAAUAUAUUAAACCUCUUGCAUGUUUAAAUCAACCAACCAGUUUCUUGCUAACCUCCAACAAUUUCUUUGGCUUAUGUACACACUUGUUUUUUCGGAGAGAUGGUUCUCACAAAAAUGAAGACGAGCUCUUAUACCGGCUGCAGUAGAGCCUAACUUUAAGAGUCGCUCAUAACCAUGACUGGUCUUGAGAUUUUGGAGGCAAUAGACAAUUUUAUGAAAAAGUUUAAUUAAAUAAUUUUAAACAAUUUUGAGACUUAUUUGUAUGUAAUUUUUUAUUUUUAAUCUAUGACCAUGACGUCUCUGAAACUGCAGAUCAACUUUGUUUGUCUUCUUUGAAAUCGUAGCCAUCUAUUUAUGAAUAAGGUACAUGUCCAAUUGGGCGAGGUCUCUGAGGUCACCAUGGCAUUGGUCUUCCUAAGAGUUGUAGUAAUGCAUGAACAUGUUCACAGUCGAUCGUUGUGAGAUUAAGAUGAUUAAACGCAUUCAAAAUUACCUUUAGGACAUUAUCUCUGCCAAAAUCAGGAUCAAAUCCAUCAGAAGACAGCUGACUUUGUGGCGGUUGAGGACUUGCAGAUUUAUAGAGCCACAGGGACCGGACUCUACUAAUAAUUAGGGGCAAGUCAAAGAAAAUCCGCUUGGCCACUUGGUACGAAAACUGGACCAAACUAGGCUGUAUUGAGCCCAUCACAAGUCUCAACGUAUCUAAACCAAACCUGAAAAUGAACUUUACUGAAACAUGUUGCACACCCAUUGCCGGAUUUAAGCUUUUAGGGGUCAUUGAUGUUUAGUAAGAAUUUUUAUAAAACAUAUUUUCUUAAAAAAAUUAGGAGCUUAUAAUUAUGUAAAUUACUUCUUAUCAAUUUAGGAAUCAAGCCUAAUAUUUCAUUAACCUGCCCCAUAAUCAGUCAUGGAUAUACAUUUUAAAAAUUCCUAUUUUAUUCUUAAAAUUAACAGAAUGUCUUAACCUCUGUCAAUGAUUUUGAGUUAUCAAUACACUCACUGAUCCAGUUGAUACAUAUUAAAAGAACUGGGACGGGCCAAAUGUACUGAAUCAGAUUUUAGAUACAUAGAUAAUGUCUUUUAUAGAUUAAUAAAUUGCUUCUAGUCUUCUAGAUAAGAGUUUCAGGCAUGACUGAGAAUUCACAAGGGGUUGAUUGAUUUCCAGGCAUAAACCGAAAAAUACAUAAAAAAAAUAUUUGACAGUUUGAUCUGGUCUGCUUUGGAUAUGCUUGGUUGAACAGGUUUGGUCUAAACUAUUAGAGAUUAAGUAUUCUACAUCGGCAGUUGGAAGGCAUCAUAAACAAUAUAUUCCCUCCGUUCCAUAAAAAUAGAUUUUUUAGUAUUUUCACACAUAUUAAGAAAACACUACCAUAAUAAAUGUGUUGUUUUCUGUAAUUUUCAGUUUUCAAUAACUUUUAACCAAUAGUAAUUCAACAAAGUCAAUUAAUUUUCUUAAAGUUUAUAAGUUUUAAUAGAAAACACAAAAAUACAUAUUUCUGAAACAUUUUUUUUUCUAAAAAGUCUAUCAUUAAGGAACAGAGGGAGUAUAACAUAGAUAUGUAUGAAUCUACUUAUAACCAAUUGAUUUUAGGUUGGAAUUUCAUAUAUAUCAGAGCCCAAUCCAAACAGUCGAACCCGAUCUACAUAGAUUUGAUCCAAAGUUGAUCAAUCAAUCCUUACCUGAACAUUUCAAAAUUGAUGCUCAAAUAGCCAUCAUCUCGAGCAGACGUAUUAGAGACUAAAUAUUCCACAUCGAUAGUUGGAAGGAAUCAUAAGCAAUAUAUAAAAUAGAUAGAUCAAUCCAUUUAUCAUAAAUUGGGUUUUUAUGUUGGAAACUCAUCUAACUUAACAGUGUAUGUUUAUACGAUAAGAGAAGCGUGAUAUUAUAAUCUUAGUUCAGUUAAGAUAUACUUCUUGUGUUACAAAUUUUAAAACCAAAAGAGCAUGUAAGAUCAAGUGAAAAUCAAUUAAUUUUUCUUUUGUCAACAAGAUAUAAAACCUAAAAUGAUUUAGCUAACUAAACCUAAACUGGAAAUAUUAGUUUUACAUGAAUAAUAAUUAACAGCUGUAUUUGAGCAUUUCAUGCCAAGUUGUCUGUUUUAUAUUUUUCACGGGAGAUAUAGGUGAUAUGCUGAAAAUUUGAACUUUUUGAUCUAUAAUCCUAAUUUCUUUAAUUUUGCUCUUAAACAUAUGCCGACUUCAUGUCCAGAAUUAAAGAUGGACCCCAGAAAAUGCUACCAAAAGCAGAACCAACAAAAUUAAAGUUGAACAACAAAUCCAUUAUUAGGUUUGUGAUCAUUAUAUGAUGAUGGGACGAGAACAUGAUCGGUAACAUUUCCAAAAAGAUAUGAAGAAAUAAUACAAAUAGAUAAUGAUAUUGUUUGUCUAUGUAUAACACGAAUGUGGAGCAUAAACAGAAAAAUAUUAACUAGUGGAUAUAUAUAAAACCGCAUAUUUGACUUUGAUAGUAUCAAAUGUUCGUGGCUUGUUGGUUGUUGAACUCUUUUAUUAAAUUUAUUUAAUAUCUUAGGGGUUAGAUUUUUGUGAUCCUUUCAGUUGAUGUGGUAUAGUUAGUGGUUUAUAGUUGAUGUUAUCAGAUCAGAGUAAGACGUAAUGUAAACCACCUUCUUAAAUAAAUAAUAUCUCCUCGUGAGUGUUGCCUAAAACUUAGAUCAGUAGCCAAACAAGAUAAGGUAUUUUUAAUUGGUCCAACAAUUCAAUUCAUUUAUGAUGAAAAAGGUAAAAUGAAACGUAGGUGUGUUUGGUCUUGUAACAUUCGGUAUUGGUUAUGUGUUCUAUAUAAUGUAUUUUCAACAGUUAAUUCUAUAAUUUAAAUACAUAAGUAAUUAAUUCUAUAUUUUGUCAUUUUUAAAGUUGCAGUAUAUAACAAAACACAUUAAUUUUCGUACGCGCAUAUAAAUUUAAAUUUCUUAGGUUGUCUUAUUUAUUAACAACUACUAAAAGAGCCAGCUCAAGAAAUAUCAUGGAUCAUAUUCAAGAUUUUAAAUCAAUCUUAUAUGAUUUUUUUCACAAAUAAGUGUCCCUAACGGCUAAAAUGCACUUGUGAGCAUUUUCCCUAAGACUGUAAUUGCGAUUAACAAGUUAAAUAUAUCUUAUUGAUGAAGAUUCAGAUUUUUUUUUAACAUAAUUUGUUGAAGAUUCAGAUUUUUUUUGGGACAAAUUUAAAGAUUCAGAUAUUGAAUGUGAAAAUGAAGUAAAACUGAUUGAUCUUAACAAUUAUUGAUUAGAUAAUUUUAGAGUAUUUAAAGAUAUAAUAUAUAUAUAGUUACGUUGUAGAAUAAUUGGUAUAAUAAUUUAAAUUAACCAAUCACAAUAUGAGAUAUGGAAAACUAUCUUACAUUUUCUUAGUAUCUGACAUAAAAAUUAUUCUUAUCAUUUUCUUUCUCUUUCUUUAUUUUCCAAAUUUUAUUUUUUAACAACUAAAUAUUGUUUGAGAAAUUAUGACUGAAAAUGCUCGCACAAUACUGUAAUUUUUGAAUUAUUUGAUUAUAUUCCUAUAAAAUUUUAAGUUGUUAGUCUUAACCACAUCUACAACGUGAACUUAGGUGUAGAAGAACCCAAAAACAUCAUUUUAUUUCAAUUCUUAAGAUUGUAUUAUGUUUGUAAAUAAAACAUUAUUAAAGCUCAAUUAGUGAUUCAGUAUUUAAUACGGGAAUGAAGGGGCCAAUCACUUAAGGAAUUUCCAUUCUAAUUGUUAGGAAAUGAUUUGUUCCAUCUAAAUAAACAGAAAAAAAAGAGUUACAAGGUCUAGGAACUUCGGUGGAGGGACCAAAACUCACUCCAUCAAGUCAAUUGUACAAUCGUAAGGUC